AUUGACUACAGCUCUAGUGGUUAAAUUAUGUAAUUUAUGAAUUUACCCUUACCGGUUUAUAUUUGAUUUGCUCAGAAGAGAGACUUGGUGUUUCAAGGGCGUUUAGUUUGUUACUUGUGCUUUAUUUAAUUAAUAUAUCUUAAUCGAAGUAUUCUAGAUUGUCAACUUAAUAAUUGUGCAUCAUGACCCUUAAAAAGUUAUCAAUUGUUGAUUUGGAUCUCAAAGGGAAACGUGUUUUAAUCAGGGUUGAUUUCAAUGUUCCCAUGAAAGAUGGUAAAAUUACAAACAACCAGCGAAUCGUUGCUGCUUUGGAUACAAUCAAAUAUGCUAUUGAUAAAGAAGCCAAGAGUGUUGUUUUAAUGUCACAUUUGGGACGACCUGAUGGACGACCAAAUGCUAAAUACUCAUUGGCACCGGUUGCUCAGGAGGUUGGAAAAUUACUUGACCGUGAGGUUAAAUUUUUACCUGAUUGUGUUGGACCUGAGGUCGAGGCUGCUUGUGCAAACCCAGCAGAUGGUUCAGUGAUACUACUUGAAAACCUGCGAUUCCACGUAGAAGAAGAAGGAAAGGGGAAAGAUGCCGAUGGCAAAAGUUUAAAAGCAACUGCCGAAGAGGUUAAAAAAUUCAGAGAAAGUCUAACCAAACUCGGUGAUGUUUAUGUCAAUGAUGCUUUUGGAACUGCUCAUAGAGCACAUUCAUCUAUGGUUGGAAUCGCUCUCCCUCAGAAGGCAGCAGGUUUCUUGAUGAAGAAAGAGCUUGAUUAUUUCGCAAAAGCACUGGACAAUCCAGAGAAACCUUUCCUUGCAAUCCUUGGAGGGGCAAAAGUCCAGGACAAGAUUCAAUUGAUUGAGAAUUUGUUGGAUAAAGUCAAUGAAAUGAUUAUCGGAGGAGGAAUGGUUUUCACUUUUCUUAAAGUUUUGAAUAAUAUGAAAAUUGGUGCUUCACUAUUCGACGAAGAAGGAGCCAAAAUCGUCAAUAAAUUGAUGGAUAAGGCUAAAGCCAAUAAAGUCCAAAUCCAUUUACCAGUUGAUUUUGUCACAGCUGAUAAAUUCGAUGAGAAAGCAACUGUUGGAUCAGCAACUGUUGAAUCAGGAAUCCCCGAUGGACACUUAGGACUUGAUUGUGGUCCUAAAUCAGCUGAAAUAUUCAGCGAAGCCAUAAAACGAGCUAAAACUAUUGUUUGGAAUGGUCCAAUUGGAGUUUUUGAAUGGGAAAAUUUCGCCAAGGCUACCAAAACAGUUAUGGAUGAAGUUGUAACUGCCACUGCAGCUGGUGCUACCGUUAUCAUUGGUGGUGGAGAUACUGCUACUUGCUGUGCUAAAUGGGACACAGAGGAUAAGGUUAGUCAUGUUAGUACCGGCGGUGGAGCCUCGUUGGAGCUGUUGGAGGGUAAAGUUCUUCCUGGUGUUGCUGCCCUCAGUGAUCCUUGAACCUUUGAAUUAUGUGUACUAGUUCGAUGACGAUUAAUGGCUUUUCCAAUCAGUUAAUUUACCGUCGUGCUUAAAAAUUUACUUUCCCAGUGAUCCCGGUCUGAUUUUUCAUUAGACCUAAUCAUCCGUGUGUAUCACACUCAAUCUCAACAUUUAUUUUUCAAAAUUUUACUUCCAGUUUUAGCUUAUCAUCGGUUGAUUGGUUUCCGUAGUUCCUAUUUAAUUGCUUUCUGUUGUUUUUUGGUCAGCUGAUAUAACAAUAAAGCAAUUUAAAUUUGCUGUAAAUUUAAAUAUUUACCAUAAAUCUUCUAGCAUAUUGUUUUAAUCAUCUAUGUAUGUUGAAAUUUUGAUUAAACUCUUUCAAACCUAUCAA